GCCUCCUCUGCACUUUUCUAACGUCUACGCGCAGUUUCAUCAUUAAAAUGUUAUUUAAUCGCCUCUCCGGCCUCACACGCCUUAACCCGACGUUGAAGACACGUCCUGCGGCCUUCUGUACCACUGUCUCCAGGAAAAUGUGCGGUUUGUGGGUGCGACACGACCGGGAGAACCAGCGCUUCACCGUGGCUCCAGACAGCGGGCAGGAGGCUGUGCUGUCCUACAGAUUCACCGGUGACAAGCAGGUGGAGCUGAUGUCCACAUUUGUCCCAGAGUCGUACAGAGGGAGGGGCCUGGCUGCUCUGCUCUCAAUGGCGGCUCUGGACUUUGUGGUGGAGGAGCAGUUGACGGCUCAAGUCUCCUGUUGGUACAUCCACAAAUAUUUGCAGGAAAACCCAAUGAAGAAGUACACAGACCUCAUACGCUCAUGA